AUGACGGCCAUUGAGGACCCUUCGAUUUUAGCCGAUUUCGAAGAACAAGUGAAAUCCAAUCCUAGCCUGCGGAAAAUCAGCCGGGAUCGGGUGAUCUAUGCUUCUCGAAAGCUCAGGAAAACCAAGAAACAUGGCCGUCCGAUUCUGUGUGAUUUUGGUCAGGCUCGCUAUGGGUCAAAUACUUACACCGGGGAUAUUCAGCCCUAUAUUUACCGGGCUCCCGAGGUGGUAUUACGAAUGCCUUGGAAUGAAAAAGUUGAUAUCUGGAAUGUUGGUGUGCUGGCAUGGGAUCUCUUCCAACAAGGGCAUCUGUUCUACGGUCGAGAUUCGGAUAAGGAAAACUCUGACGGUCAUCAUCUCGCCGAAAUGAUUGCCAUUAUGGGGCUACCACCGAAAGAAAUGAUUCACAGCAGUGUCUAUGCGACUCGAUUCUUCAACAGCGAAGGGAAUUGGAAGAGAACCAUUGAGAUCCCAUCUAUAUCGUUUGAGAGGCUGGAAGGAAACUUGCAGGGUGAACCGCAGCGGCUCUUCAUCCAAUUCCUGCGCAAGAUGCUCAAAUGGAAGCCCGAGGAGAGAGAAUCAGCAAGGGAGCUACUGGACGAUCCUUGGUUACGGUCACAUUAA